AUGGAGGUUGUUUUCUCGCCUCUGCUGGUUUUAGUUUCGGUCUCUCUCGGCGGCGCCUCUGAGCCGGUCCUGAACGACACUUCUCUGCGAGCGCUUCUCCAGAACGUCUCCGAAAGUCGCUCUCCCGGGUUCCACCUGUUGGACUUUGACGAAGGGCUGCUGGAUGACUGGAACUCUUUGACCUCCCGGCACAGCGAGAGGUCUCGGGACGGCGCCGUCAAGGCUCUUCUGGUGGCUUCCUACUCGCUCAUCAUCGUGGUGUCUCUGUUCGGGAACUCGCUGGUCUGUCACGUGGUGCUGAAGAACAAGCGGAGCCAGUCCACCACCAGCCUGUUCAUCAUGAACCUGGCCGUGGCGGAUAUCUUCAUCACGGUCCUCAACACUCCUUUCACUCUGGUCCGCUUUGUCAACAGCACGUGGGUGUUUGGAGAGACCAUGUGUCACGUCAGCCGAUUCGUGCAGUACUGCUCCCUGCACGUCUCCACGCUCACGCUCACCGCCAUUGCCCUGGACCGGCAACAGGCGAUAGUGCAUCCGCUGAGAACACGGUUGACCUUGGCGCAGGGUGGCGUUUGGGUGGUUGUUAUUUGGAUUAUGGCCAGCUGCUUCUCCCUCCCACAUGCUAUCUACCAAAAACUUUUUACAUUCACAUACAGUAAACACAAGGAGCGCAGUCUUUGUGUCCCUGACUUUCCGGAGCCAUCAGACGUCUACUGGCAGUACAUCGACCUACUGACGUUCAUCCUGCUCUACCUGCUGCCGCUCCUCAUCAUCACGGCGUCUUAUCUGAGGGUGGCGCAUCAACUGUGGCGCAACAAUGUGAUCGGAGACGCCACCAAAGCUCAGCAUGCCACCCAGAGACGGAAGCGCCGGCGAACAGUGGCCAUGCUGCUACUUGUUGUCGGAGUCUUCGCUGUGUGCUGGUUCCCGCUCAACUGCUACGUAGUGCUGCUGUCCAGCCAGGCCAUCCACUCAUCCAAUGCCCUUUAUUUCUGCUUUCACUGGCUGGCUAUGAGCUCCACGUGCUACAACCCCUUUAUUUACUGUUUUCUCAAUCCCACCUUUCGGCAGGAGCUUCGCUCUCUCUUCAAAACGUGCAGGGGGAACCAGAGAGUGGAAGCUGGCUUGGAGCUCCAGCCGGCAGCCGCUUGCCAACAGGCCAUGCGAACCGCUUGGCCUGAAAACGGGCCGCUUGUGCCGCGGAAUCCGUUGUCACAACCCGGACCUUGUUAUUCACAGCCAGUUCCUGCCGUUUCCACUUCAUCGCAGAAGAACACACACGUGGUCUUCAAGGAGAGCCGUGUGCCCUCUGGGAGAACUGACAUCUUCUCAGUGGAGCCUACAGGGAUUUAAAUGGUUUAGAUGAUCAGCAUGAAAAAUCCCACCAUCGUGUCUGAAUGUUUUAAACCCACAUCCUCCAGAAUUUUAUUGGUU